AUGGCAACGUCGAACGAGGUUCUGGGGGAGGAAUAUGAAUAUGAAGCCCUUCCUUCCAACUAUGGCCUCAGCCGUAACAUGCUCGCCGGUGCUUUUGCAGGAAUUGCAGAACAUUCGGUGAUGUAUCCUGUUGACUUGCUAAAGACUCGCAUGCAAAUCCUGAACCCUGCGACCGGCGGUCUCUAUACCGGGUUGACCAACGCUGUAUCGACAAUCUACCGGAUUGAAGGCUGGCGAACACUAUGGAAGGGCGUUUCCAGCGUCAUUGUCGGAGCAGGCCCAGCACAUGCCGUGUACUUUGGUACAUAUGAGAUAGUGAAGGAUAUGGCAGGUGGUAAUGUUGACGAUGGACACCACCCACUUGCUGCCGCAACGAGUGGAGCUGCUGCUACGAUUGCCAGCGAUGCGCUGAUGAACCCAUUUGAUGUGAUCAAACAACGCAUGCAAGUCCAUGGAUCCGUCCACAAGAGCUUAUUUCAAUGCGCCAAAACGCUUUAUCGCACUGAGGGUCUUCAAGCUUUCUAUCUUUCCUAUCCUACCACCCUCUGCAUGACCGUUCCAUUCACUGCCACUCAAUUUGUCGCAUACGAGUCUAUCUCCAAGGUCAUGAAUCCCAAGGGAGAAUAUGACCCUUUCACCCACUGCAUGGCUGGUGGUCUCGCCGGUGCCUUUGCUGCGGGUCUCACAACUCCCCUCGACGUCGUGAAGACGCUCCUCCAGACCCGUGGUCUCUCCGAGAGUGAAGAAAUUCGCUCUGCCAAGGGUCUGUUUAAUGCCGCUUCCAUUAUCAAGCGCCGAUUUGGCUGGUCCGGUUUCCUGCGAGGCAUGCGGCCUCGAAUUAUUUCCACUAUGCCCAGCACGGCCAUAUGCUGGACCUCUUACGAAAUGGCCAAGGCCUACUUCAAAAAACAUUCCGAGUAA